UCCUUCUCUUCACCUCUCUCUCUCUCUCUCUCUCUCGCCACACGGUUUCUUUUUAUAUAAGAAAUCCUUUUUUUUUUUUAAUCUGGGGACUCUUCAUUGGUCAACCUCUGCUUGGGAAGUUCCUCGUUGGGACCAUCUAGUUUCAAAACCCAAUUCUAACAUCAUUUUUGUUUUGAAGAAACUCUUCUAAAGAUUACUACUUUUGUCUCCAUAGAUCAGAAUUGCUGUUGACUCGCCUUAAUUUCAGAUUUUGUUAACUGAUGAAUGUUUCUUGACUCCUUGGCUCAUAACCCUAGCUGAUUUUCAGGGUACAGUCGCGGUGAUUAAAAAAAACAAAAUCGGAUUGGAAGCUUUCUCGGCUCCCUCUUAAAGAUUAACUUCCAAUCACUUGAUCCAAUGUCGAGCCUGGAGAAUAGAAAGCUCACUGAUGAUUAUGAGGUACUUGAUGUUCUUGGUAGAGGUGGUUUCUCUGUUGUACGAAGAGGGGUAGGCAAGGCUAAUGGAAGUAUGAGGCAUGUUGCCAUAAAGACACUCAAAAGGUUAGGGUUCAUACCCCAAGGAAUGAAUCGAGGUCAAGCCGGGCAGAAACCUCCAACAUUGAAGCAGGUAUCCAUUUCAGAUGCUUUGCUGACUAAUGAGAUUCUGGUGAUGAGACGGAUUGUGGAAGAUGUUUCUCCUCAUCCUAAUGUCAUCCACCUCUAUGAUGUUUAUGAAGACAUGUAUGGAGUUCACCUUGUACUGGAGCUUUGCUCUGGUGGAGAGCUUUUUGACAGAAUAAUUACUCAUUCACGCUAUUCAGAAGUUGAGGCAGCUGAAGUAGUGCGCCAGAUAGCUUGCGGCUUAGGGGCUCUUCAUAAAGCCAAGAUAGUUCAUCGUGAUUUGAAGCCUGAGAACUGUCUGUUCUUAAACAGCAGUGAGCGUUCUUCUCUGAAGAUAAUGGACUUUGGUUUGAGUUCUGUGGAGGAUUUUACUGAUCCAAUUGUAGCGCUUUUUGGCUCGAUAGAUUAUGUCUCUCCUGAAGCUCUGUCUCGGCAACAAGUGUCUGCAGCUAGUGAUAUGUGGUCACUGGGUGUGAUAUUGUAUAUUCUACUUUCCGGGUGCCCACCUUUUCAUGCUACUUCUAAUAAAGAUAAGCAACAGAGGAUAUUAGCGGGUGACUUCACCUUUGAAGAGCACACUUGGAAGACCAUAACUUCUUCAGCCAAGGAUUUGAUUUCCAGCCUUUUAGCUGUCGAACCUCAUCGGAGACCAACUGCCGACGAUCUUUUGAAGCAUCCUUGGGUUAUUGGAGAUUGUGCAAAGCAAGAGCUUAUUGACGCUGAAGUUGUCUCAAGGCUUCAAAGUUUCAAUGCUAGAAGAAAAUUCCGUGCAGCUGCAAUAGCUAGUGUAUGGAGCAGCAAAGUUUUCUUGAGAACAAAAAAAUUGAGGAGUCUUCUAGGCUAUCAUGAUCUCACACCUGAUGAACUUGAGAAUCUUCGCAUGCAUUUCAAGAGGAUAUGUUCAAAUGGAGACAAUGCCACGCUAGAAGAGUUUGAGCAAGUUCUCAAAGCCAUAAACAUGGAAUCGCUCAUCCCUCUCGCCGCUCGUGUAUUUGAUAUAUUUGACAAUAACCGUGAUGGAACUGUUGAUAUGAGAGAGAUCCUGUGUGGGUUGUCGAGUCUCAGAAACUCUCGUGGUGAUCAUGCACUAAGGCUUUGCUUUCAGAUGUAUGAUGCCGAUCGAUCGGGUUGUAUCAGCAGAGAGGAAUUGGCAUCAAUGCUCAGGGCGUUGCCUGAAGAUUGCCUUCCGGCCGACAUCACCGAGCCCGGAAAACUAGAUGAUAUAUUUGAUCAAAUGGACGCUAAUAGCGACGGAAAAGUCUCCUUCGAGGAGUUCAAAGCAGCCAUGCAAAGGGAUAGCUCCCUGCAAGAUGUGGUCCUCUCCACACUGCGCCCUAACUAGUUAUCUCUUUCCUCAGAAGCUUUCUUCUUUGCAGUUUUUAACCAUUAAUGUAGUUAAAUUGCAUGAAUAUUAGAGUGAAACAUCGAAGUUUCAUGCGAAUAACUAUCUGAAAAGUUAGAGGUAAUGUGACUGUGUCAGCUCGCUUUGUAAUGAAUGUUCAAUAAUAUUUGAAUGAUCUAUUGGAAUUAUAGCUGAACUUUAGUUAUUAUAUAAAAUGGGAUUUGGUUGGAUUUCUCA